AUGGAUGUAUUAAACCCAGAGGACAACAGCUAUGAGGACUAUUAUAAUUCAGAAGGACUUGAGGAAUUUGGGCUCUGCAAGAAGACACAUGUAAAGGAAUUCAGCCAUGUGUUUCUACCUGUGUUCUAUUCCAUUACCUGUGCAUUGAGCAUUAUUGCUAAUUUUACCCUUCUGACAUUGUUCAUCAAAUACAAAACUCUGAGGAAGGUGUUGCCUCUGCACAUGGUCAUAUCGGAUAUUCUUUUCACACUGAGCCUUCCCUUCUGGGCAGUGUAUGCCAGUAGCGAGUGGAUCUUUGGUGAUCAAAGCUGUAAGGCAAUCUCAUUGGUUUACAUGGUGAGUUUGUAUAGCAGCAACCUGUUUGUUGCUAGUCAGAGCUUGCAGAGAUUUAUGGACAUUGCAUGUGUUGUUUCUACAACCAGCAUCUUCAACAGUCCAAAGAGGAAUACUGUUAUGUGUAUUUUGGUGUGGCUUUUCUCAGUUUUGGCUGCAGCUGCUCAUGUCAGCUUUGUUGAGACUCAAAAGUUCCACGAAGAGUACAUUUGCACUUAUCACUUCAACGAUAAAUUUGGUUGGAAGAUCUACACGAGAUUUCAGAUGAACAUACUUGGGUUUGUUGUACCGUUCCUAGUGCUCCUAUUUUGUUCGAUCAGACUACCAUGUGUUGCUGAGGUGAGGAGCCCGUUCAAGGUGUUUAGACAUGAAACUGGAUUCACCGUCAUGUUUUUUCUCCUCUGGUUUCCCUACAGUGUUGUCAUUUUCCUGCAUGCUUUGCAAGACCUCCACAUUUUUUAUGCUUGUACCAUUAACAUACACUUUGACUUUGCUAUUCAUGUGACGGAAUGUAUUGCUUUCAUGCAUGUUUUCAUCAAUCCUGUUUUGUUCAUCUUUUUAAACAAAAAAGUCUGGAGACGACUCAGAAAUGCCUGUAAAACUCCAAGGGAGUAUCUGCUUGAGGAACCCAACAGUUCACCAGUCAUGUCAAGUCAGGAGGGAGCUAUAGAGUUGAAGGCGGUUCAGCGACAUCAAGCUCAUGACCGGAGCAUUAGUGCUGAACGACCUAAUAAUUUCUUACCUGAGCCCAUGUAAAGCUUUGUUUCGUUUAUCGCAGUUUAAUAGUUAUGCCAACAAUGCUGUUUAUACUUC